GGUGAGUGAAGGCAACAGCGUGGCGAACAUCUUUGAAAUCCGUCAUAAAAACAUUGUCAGCAAAACCAAAAGUCGUCGAGGAGCAAACAUGUUUCUYAACUUGGUCAGCAUUGCAGUGAUUUUUUUUGUGACCAUGAACUCCUCAGAAGGCUUAUCGAACACUUCUUACGAACACCAAUUAAGAGCCCUGAUUCUAGAUAAUUACGACAAGGUCGUUCGUCCAGAAGUCAGGGGCAAUUCUAGAAUACCUAUUACUAUCUUCUUUGGACUCAAACUGAAUAAGCUGGCCAAAGUGAGCAUCAAAGAAGAAAUUAUUACAGUGGACACAUUUGUUAUUAUGAAAUGGAACAACACAUUUAUCACAUGGGAUAAGAACAAAUAUGGAAAAGUUGACAAGAUCAGCUUUUUACCAUCUGAGAUUUGGUUUCCUGAUAUUUCUCUUAUCAACAACGCCGAUAGCACAACACGCAAAGCAGGAGGGCCGACUUUUUUCUCGUCUCUUAUGGUUGUGAGCAACACAGGGGAAUGUGUUUGGAGUGGUCCUGCGACAUUCACAGCAAGCUGCAGUAUGACGCUCAAUUCCUGGCCCUUUGAUGACCAGAUAUGUACCUUGACAUUCGGCUCAGUUGUAUAUGGAAAACACUUGCUCACAAUCAAGCCAUUCGAAACCAAAAGUCCUAAAGGAGAAAAUUUCGAAGACAGUGGAAACUGGAAAGUAAGCUCGGUGGUAAAGGUUGGCCUUCAAGAAACCAGCUUCGGAAACUGUUGUCCUUUCAAUUUCAGUCAAAUCACUUUUAGCAUAGACAUGGGGCGUCGAUUUGAAUAUCAUCUCUUCUACAUGGUCGCACCAAUUUUUUCUCUUUCCUUGUUAACCCUUGUUAGCUUCUGGAUCCCGUCAGAGAGUGGGGAGAGRAUCGGUUUUGUCACCACACUCCUUCUUGGUAUGAUGGUGUUCUUGCUGAUUGUUCCAGAUUCUCUUCCCGAGUCCUCGCAGUCCAUUCCAAUUUUAGGCAUUCUUAUGAUGUGUACGAUGGUUGURAUUGCCUUAGCACUUUUGGCCACUAUUUUUGUUUUAAGAUGUUACCACUCCACAGGAAGCCCGCCUCGCUGUUUUCAGUGCUGGAUGAAGCGCUCCAAAUCGAGAAAAACGGAACCUUCGGAAUUCGUCGAGAGCUCGAAAUCUUCCCAAAAUGAUAUAAAGUUGAGAGCMGUUCAGCCAAAAGUAGAGUUGYCAGAAGAGGCAUCUUACAAAUCGAGUGCCGAGGACGAUAGUCCUUGGUCUACAUUCUCCGAGAAGUUUGACAAAAUCUUCUUCUGGUUGUUUUUCAUUGUUAUUGUUUCCCCUAAUAUUGGGGAUCGUGAUCAACCGCCAUUUUUGAAAGUCGUGUACAAGGAAAUGAUGCUGUAUCCCACAUCGAUAACGCGUAGAAGAAAGUACUAA